AUGCGGAUAAAGCCGUCCAAGCCGCGGUGCUGGAUGGAGGGGAAACUGUUGGAGGGGGGGGAUGUCAAGAUGAGCUGCAAGUCUGCGGACGGAUCUGAUCCCCUCCACUACAAAUGGGAGAGGGUUGUGGACAAGGGCAAAUAUGGUGGGAAGCUGCCUUCAAUGGCCCUAGUGGAUUUGAAAAACCCAGAGAUUGUGACGUUGAAGAACUUGACGAAGGAGAGCACCGGGGUCUACAAGUGCACGGCAAGCAACGAUGUGGGAGAAGACAGCUGCAUGGUGGAGGUCAAGCUGCACUAUGUAAGGGGAAUGGGUGUGGUAGCAGGGGCGGUGGUUGGCGUGUCUUUUGGUGUCCUCCUAAUCAUCCUCAUCGUCUGGUUGGUGUUUCGAAAAAAGGAUAACAAGAAAUAUGAAGAAGAAGAGACCCCAAAUGAAAUCAGGGAGGAUGCAGAGGCUCCCAAAGCCAAACUGGUGAAGCCCAACUCCCUGUCUUCAUCCCGCUCUGGCAGCUCUCGCUCAGGCACCUCCUCCACUCAGUCCAUGGUGCACAACAUGGGGCUCCGAGGCCAGCGAGCCUGUGUUCCUGCUGUGGCGGCGCUCAAAGAAAACUGUCAUGCCUCAAACUUCCCACAGUCUCCACCUGGCUACACUCAGUCCAUUCUCAAGACUCCCGAACCCCGUUCAACACCAACCUCCAUUUCUACCUCCAACAGCAAGCCCAGCCCCCCCCCUAAACUGAGUCCUGCAAACCUGAGCCGCAUGGGGGCCACUCCUGUCAUGAUCCCUGCCCAAAGCAAGGCCUUCCAGACUGUUUAG